AUGUCCGAAAUCGUAGUAACCAUCCCUUGGAAUUCUGACCACAUGCUACAGUGUUCUUCCACUUUCUCGAUGCUUGUAUUCCAAUUGAAGUUUGCGAUGCAAACACAACCUUACAUGUUAGAUGGGACCUUCAAGGGUCAUUUCAAUUCGGGUAAGAUAUGCUGA